CCACCGACACACAAUUAGUUGCGCCCGAAAUUCUUAAUAUCGCGAACUUUUUCUUCCGCGACAAACGUAGAAAGAUACGCAGAGUACCAGCAACCAUACCCUUUUGCGUCCUUCUUUCCUCCAAAUCUAAACAAAAUGGCCCCCCCUCAGACCAAGAAGACUGGCAAGUCCAGCAAGACGACCAAGAAGUUCGUCAUCAACGCCUCGCAGCCCGUUAACGACAAGAUCUUCGACAUCUCGGCCUUCGAGAAGUUCCUGAACGAGAAGAUCAAGAUCGACGGUCGCGUUGGCCAGCUCGGCGACACCAUUGUCAUCUCCCAAGUCCCCGAUGGCAAGAUUGAGAUCGUUGCUCACAACGAGCUCUCUGGCCGCUAUCUCAAGUACCUGACCAAGAAGUUCCUCAAGAAGCAGCAGCUUCGUGACUGGCUUCGCGUCGUUUCCACCUCCAAGGGUGUUUACGAGCUCAAGUUCUUCAACGUCGUUAACGACGCUGAUGACGAGGACGACGAGUAGACGAUUUUUAUGCGCCACGACAUUUUUUAGGACUGCUGUCUUUGACAAGGGAAUUAUAAAACUGGGGUGGAUUAGAUACCAGGCAAUUCCGGGCUUGAAUGCUCCAGGACAUUGUCACAGUCAAUGAAAGAGGCCAUAAAGUUUGCUCUCGCAACUGUCUUUUCCCUGUAACAUUUAUUGUUGUGAAUUUGUGCCAUUUGAUUCGGCCGGGUCAGAGAUGUCUCGGGCCCGUUGUUAUGCUGGGGCUUGGCCGAGUUGAUGUUACAGUCUAAGGUCUAUUAGUUACACUAGUUCUCCCAUUUCAAGGCAAGGAUCUCAUAACACCCUCAAAUGCCACCAGUGCCAUAGCGUUGGCUGGAAAGGCUCGUAAAAAGCAAGGCAAGAAACCUCUCCAGUAACCCAUGGG